AUUUGACACACUUCCUUGUUUUGAAUAACUUGCAGUCAUGUUGACACCGGUGUUUUCCUCGCUGGUUUUGAGCGCAUUUGCCACUGUUUUAUCGGCAGGGGAGGUGUUUAGAUUCUCUUCUUAUUAUGGGAGUUACAUGAUUCUGCAAAAAGCCCCAGCCAAGUCAGUCGUGUGGGGAUUUGGACAGACAGGAGCCAAGGUUGUGGUGUCCCUGUCUGGGUCACACCUUCUGGAACAAACAUAUAUCGCUCCUGUUAUCAAUGGUAUUUGGCGCACAACUCUCAAACCCAUGGAGGCUGGUGGUCCCUACACACUGACUGCAUAUCAUAGCACAACUAAUAGCUCCAUUGUACUUAAAGAUGUGCUCUUUGGAGACAUCUGGUUAUGUAGUGGACAAAGUAACAUGGCAUUCACUGUUGGUCAGGUGAUUAAUGCAACAGAGGAACUAACAAUGGCCUCUAAGUUCCCAGAUGUGAGGAUUUUCCAGGCUGCCUUGGAGCAAAGCAAAAAAGAACUAACUGAUCUCGCAGGAGUGGAAGUUCCUUGGUCCAAACCAACACCAGGCUUGCUUGGUGGAAAGGAUUUCAGCCAUUUCUCUGCAGUUUGCUGGCUCUUUGGCCGCUACCUCUAUGAGAAACGGAAGUAUCCCAUUGGCCUGGUACAUUCCAGUUGGGGAGGAACACCUGUGGAGGCCUGGUCUUCCCCGAGGGCACUUCAGAAGUGUGGGUUGAAGAGCUCAGUUAUCAGUGAGCAAAAUACCUGGAGCAGUUCAGUGCUGUGGAAUGCCAUGAUCCAUCCAUUACUCAACAUGACGAUAACCGGAGCCAUAUGGUACCAAGGUGAGGCUAAUGCAAACUACAACAGGGAUAAAUACAACUGCACUUUCCCUGGCAUGAUUGAUGACUGGAGAAUGGCUUUCCAUGAAGGCUCUGAAGGCCAGACUGCACUAGACUUCCCAUUUGGAUUUGUUCAGCUAUGCACAUAUAAGACAAAAGAUCCAACGGAUGGCUUUAGAGAGAUACGCUGGCAUCAGACAGCAGACUAUGGCUUUGUCCCUAAUAAGCGGAUGAAGAACACCUUUAUGGCUGUUGCUGUUGAUGUACCUGAUGAAAAGUCCCCAUGGGGCAGUAUUCAUCCAGAGGAUAAACAGGAUGUGGCCUUCAGACUUGUGCUUGGAGCAAGAGCUGUCGCCUAUGGGGAGAAGAAUGUGACUUUCCAAGGACCUUUCCCUACUCAAGCCGUGCUCGGCAACAGUUACAUAACCAUUGUGUUUAAUCAGGAUAUCAAGGCCAGUCAUGAAGAUGGUUACUUUGAGAUCUGCUGCUCUGAGGAUAGGAAAUGUGAAACAGACGACAAAUGGACACCUGUUGCCAUUUCAAGCAGUGGAUUGAAUUACAUCUUUUUGGAAAUACCACCAUGUCCUGCUUCUAUUACUGCUGUCCGCUAUCUCUGGACAGACUGGCCCUGUAAAUUUAAAGCUUGCCCCAUCUACAGCUAUGAUGGACUCUUGCCUGCACCACCAUUCAUCCUGGGCGUAACAAACCAGAGACCAACAACAGUAUUCUAAUCUAGUUUAUGAAACCUAAAUCUGCACAUUUUGUUUCUGUUCUGUAUGAUGACCUGGUGAUCUGAAUCUAAAUGAUAAAUAAGUGAGACGUACUAACUGAGCAGUUCUUAAGUGAGCAUUGUCCCUGUGACUAUAUUUAAAGCUACCAUCAUAUAGGUUUUGCUAAUUGUGCAUAUUUACAAAGAGCUUUUGAAUGAAUGCAUUUCUGCACAACUUUUUGAGGGACAUAACCUGAAAAUAUGAAAUGAAUGUAACUUAAAGGGAUAGUUCUCUCAAAUUGAAAAUAUUUUCACUAUUUACUCAUUCUCAAAUGGUUAUAAACCUUUAUGAGUUUCUUCUAUUGGAUACUAAAGCAGACAUUUUGAAGAAAGCUGAAAACCUGUAAUCAUUGAAAUACAUAGCAGGAAAACAAAUAUGGAAGUCUGUGGUUAUGUUUUCAACAAUUCUUAAGAUAUCUUCCUUCGUGUUUAAAAGAAAGAAACUCAGACAAGUUUGGAACAAGUGAACGCUGAAUAAAUGAUGGCAGAAUUUUCAUGUUUGGGUGAACUAGUCCUUUAGCUGAAGUCUACCGCAGUAUUUCUACUGAGUUCAGUAGUUUGCACUUUAUGAUUAUGAUUUAGGUACCACACAUUGGUAUAAAAACAAUCUGUGUAAAAAAUCAGUAUUCAUUUUAUGUGAAAUAAUAUUAAACAUUUUGUGUUGAAAACA